AGAGAACGGGAGUGACAGGAAGUAGCUGCAGCGUCUCUCAGCUCCUCGGAGCCCUGAUGUCUUCCAGGCUUGUUUCAUGCUGAGGACUGCAGGGAGGAGUUGUGGACAUCCUGGCCUCCAUGGUAAAGUCGGCCUGGCUCAUCUGCCAUGUCCUCCAUCUCUGUGUCUGCCCCCACCGGAAGUGGUGGCGCUGGUGAUGCUGCGGCUGCCAUGGCAACCCAAGCCUUGGAGCAGGCCCUGCUGGCCUCGGACCGCUACGCCCGCCUCAUCCUGGCACAGAUGAACAAGAUGCGGCUCCGCACGGACUUCUGUGACGUGGGGCUCAAGGUGGGCAGCCGGGUGUUCAGAGUGCACCGACUCGUGCUGGCCGCCAGCAGCCCCUACUUCUCCGCCCUGUUCUCCGGGGGCAUGAGGGAGGCCGAUAAGGACGAGGUGCAGAUUCUUGGAGUGGACACUGAAGUGUUUGAGGUUUUGCUGGAGUUCAUAUACACAGGGGUGAUCAACGUCACUGUGGAGAACGUUCAGGAGCUGAUGGUGGCAGCGGACAUGCUGCAGCUCAACGAGGUGGUGACCAUCUGCGGAGAGUUUCUCAAGGGCCAUAUGGAUCCCUCCAACUGUGUGGGCAUAUUUCAGUUCCUGGAACAAAUCGCCUGCUUAGAUAUGCUUGAAUUCUCAGAAAACUACAUCCACGUUCACUUUCUGGAGGUGUGUGUCACAGACGAGUUCAGAGGCCUGUCGAAGGAUCACCUGGUGAGGCUGCUGAGAAGCGAGGAGCUGAGGAUCGAGGAUGAGUACCAGGUGUUCACUGCAGCCAUGGACUGGGUUCUCCAGGACGUUGCGAAGAGGAAAAAGCACGUGGUGGAGGUGCUGGAACCAGUCCGCUUCCCUCUGCUUUCCCCGCAGAGACUCUUCAAGUAUCUGGAAGGUGUUACUGACUUCAGCCUGCGGGUGGCGCUGCAGACUCUGCUGAAGGAAUACACAGAGGUCACAAAGUCUCCCAAAGAAAAUAAAAUGUUCAGCCUGCAGCAGCCAGCUAAGAUGAGACCAAGAAGAAAGGCCAGAAAAUACCUUUACGCUAUAGGAGGAUACACCCGGCUGCAGGGCGGCCGCUGGAGCGACAGCAGAGCGCUGAGCUGCGUAGAGCGCUUCGACACCUUCAACCAGUACUGGACCACGGUGUCGUCGCUGCACCAGGCCCGCAGCGGGCCGGGAGUGGCCGUCCUGGAGGGGAUGAUUUAUGUGGUGGGAGGAGAAAAGGACUCUAUGAUUUUUGACUGCACGGAGAGAUACGACCCGGUCACCAAGCAGUGGGCCGCCGUGGCGUCUCUGAAUUUCCCCCGCUGUGGAGUCGGUGUCUGCCCCUGCCAUGGAGCGCUGUAUGCCCUCGGCGGGUGGAUCGGCUCUGAAAUCGGGAAGACCAUGGAGCGGUUUGACCCCGAGGAGAACAAGUGGGAGGUCAUCGGCAGCAUGGCGGUUCCUCGGUAUUACUUCGGCUGCUGUGAGCUCCAGGGAUUCAUUUACGUGAUCGGAGGGAUCAGCGACGAGGGGAUGGAGCUGCGCUCGGCGGAGGUGUACGACCCCAUCUCCCGGCGCUGGAGCGCCCUGCCCGUCAUGGCCACGCGCCGCGCCUACGUCGGAGUGGCCUGCCUCAGUAACUGCAUCUACGCCGUGGGCGGCUGGAACGAGGCGCUGGGAGCCCUGGACACGGUGGAGAAGUUCUGCCCGGAAGAGGAGAAGUGGGUGGAGGUGGCCUCCAUGUCCACGGCGCGCGCGGGGGCGUCGGUGUCGGCCGUCAACGGGCUGCUCUACGCCGUGGGGGGGCGGGCCGCCAGCAGCGACUUCUCCGCGCCCGUGACGGUGGACUCGGUGGAGAUCUACGACCCCCACCUGGACACCUGGGCGGAGGUCGGCAACAUGAUCACGAGCCGCUGCGACGGCGGGCUGGCCGUGCUCUGACGCCCCGGAGCGCCGUCCCGCCACCGCCGGGGAGGGCUGCACCUUAACGCACAGGACUGACUGACUGUCUGUCUUAUUUAUACAUGGACGCGUCUCUUUUUGUUUGUUUGUUUGUCGGCCCUGAACGUUCGUCAUCUAAUGGAAGCACAGCUCGUCCUGGAACCUGCCAGCGCUGCCUUCGCCUUCGCUCCGCUCCGUUCGACUCACUCCAUCUUCUCACAGGACGAUCGUCACCGUGGCUGCACACCUUUCUUCCUUUUUUUCUAACUUAUUUAUAUUGAAAGAGUUUUCCUGAGAAGGACGAUCGUUUUUCCACAAAGGAAGAGUUCUAUUUUUGAUGAUGGGAGAGGUUUUGAUGUGGGAGCUGCUCACAAUGUUCAGCCCUGAGAUGAAGGGAGCUGUUUGGGUUUUUUUCUUUUCUUAUGAAAACCUCUGGAGCCCAGUUGAGGGAGGAUCCAGUCCAAACUCCCUGCUGCUUUCAUAUCGUGGUUGAUGGUUUCUGCCUCUGGGCUCUCUCUGUUUCCACUGGAUCACUGUUGUUCAUACGCUCAUGUCAAUGUGGGCACCUCCCUCACUAUUUACACUUACAUUUCAGUGGGGAAUAGAUUUAAGUGUCGUUUCACUCAUGGGAUGGACCAGAAAUGACCAAAACUUCCAUCCCGGCCUCUUGACGUUGAGGCACUCAAAGAAAUACGCCGACAGAUUUCCAGUUUGGACUGAGGGAGCAAAACGACAGUGUUUUUUAAUAUGUACUGUUUUAUCUGGUCACAGGCUGCUGAACAGUAAUCUGACAUCAGUGAUUAAAAAAACAAACAUUUCAUUUGUUUUUCAGAUUAAAUGAACUUCAUAAGUGAGUCAUGUGUCAUGUCUCCUUCAGAGAAACGAUAAAUUCCUUUGUGAGCAGCGUUUAGCUGGAUGGCUGGACUCCCAUCUCUGGACUGCUGGAGUCAAGGCGACAUGGUGCUGGAGUGGUUUGCUCUCUCCCCUCACAGGAAGUAUAAUCCCAGUUUGUCGUAUUUGAAUGUCUUCCUUGUCAUUUUUAUCCAGGAAUGGCAAAAAAAACAAAACAAAAAAAAACAACAACCAUGCAUUUGAAUGGAAGUGUUCACAGCCUGAAGUGUUUUUCAAUAUAAUAACACGAACUUGGCACAACUACUAGUAUGAGGUUGAUGGCAGCAUCAGUGCUGUUUUCAGAUCUCUCCAGGACUGAUCAGUCAGAUUUAAGACUUCACUCCAGCUGGGCUCAAGGAAACUCACUC